UUUCUUGCUUGCACGGCUGCAAUAAUGGGAAAACAGCCAACCUGGCUGCUUCAUCCGCACAACCGUAUUUAGGGCUGUUAACCCCAUCUGCGAGCAUUGAAAACAGAUUGGUACUUGAUAUUCUUAACGUUGUUAGUUGCUAUCGCGUUUUGCAUUUGAUUGUCAAAACUACGCGGCGCUCGCCGACACAGCACCGAUUUGUAGUUCGACAACAGGAAUUGAAGUGCGACUACAAUCAACGACCAUUUGAAAGGAUUAGCAAAUGCUCAAGCGGGCUGUGCUUUUGGGUGCGGCGGCUGCCGGUGGUGCAGCUGCGUACUACUACACGGCCGAUAUUGAUACGCAAAUGGAGAUGGCCAGCGCGACUGGGCCUCUGGUGCGCAUGCUGGACCCUGAGCUCAGCCACAUCAUCGGAAUCCAGGCGGCAGCUCGCCGCCUCCUGCCGCGGGACACGAGGCCCGACCCGCCUGCACUCCACACAAAAGUGUUUGGCCUUGACUUUCCAAACCCAAUCGGUCUUGCUGCGGGCUUCGACAAGAACGCGGAGGCGGUGGCCGGACUCAUGGGGCUGGGCUUCGGCUUUGUGGAAGUUGGCUCAAUCACACCCAAGCCCCAGCCUGGCAACCCGACACCACGUGUUUUCCGCAUACCCGAGCUCAAGGCCACCAUCAACCGCUACGGGUUCAACAACCUGGGCGCGGACGCGGUGCAGGACCACCUGCUGGCCUUUGAGGCGGCGGCGGAGAAGGACCCGGCGCUCAAGCGCGGACCCCUGGGCGUGAACCUGGGCAAGAACAAGAACAGCAAGGACGCGGCGCUGGACUACUGCAUCGGCCUCACCAAGCUGGCCACACACGCCGACUACCUGGUCGUGAACGUUUCCAGUCCCAACACUCCCGGACUUCGUGCGCUGCAGGGUCGCAAGGAGCUGGAGGCGCUAGUGAAUCAGGUCAAGGGCACCCGUGAUCGCAUGGUAUGGGGCCAGUCGGGCCCUCCCCCGCUGCUGAUCAAGGUGGCCCCCGACCUGAACGAGCUCGACAAGCGCGACAUCGCGGCGGUGGCGCUGGCGUGCGGCGUGGAUGGACUUAUCAUCAGCAACACCACCAUCCAGCGACCCGGUGAGGUGGCCAACUACCCCGCCGCCCAAGAGGCCGGUGGACUGAGCGGGCCGCCGCUGUUCGCCAUGAGCACCGGCGUGCUGUCUGACAUGUACCGCCUCACCGGGGGCCGCCUGCCGCUAGUGGGCUGCGGCGGCGUGGCCAGCGGCGAAGACGCAUACAAGAAGAUUCGCGCAGGUGCCAGCCUGGUGCAGCUGUACACGGUGUUCGCAUACGAGGGGCCCGCGCUCAUCCCGCGCAUCAAGCGGGAGCUGGCCGAGUGCCUGAAGCGGGACGGCUUCACAAGUGUAGCGGACGCAGUGGGCGCCGACCAUCCCGACAUACGCCGUCACAACAGCAGCGGCAAGAGUUCGGCAGCGCAGGCCGGCAGCAAGAAGGGAUGGCUGUGGUGAAGCGGCCUGGAUGGAGCAGUUGUAGUACCGGCGUAGGGGAGCAGCUUGCACGAGCAAUAGUGUUGAAAGCCGCUGUGUGGGGGGGGUAGGGGUGUAGCUGUGGCGAGCAAGCGUAAAGCGCUGCAUAUGUUUGUAUGGGGGCGAGCACAUCCACGUGACGUCAAUCAGGCAAGCGCUCCCUUUCUUGCGGGUUGUUGAGGUACGGAAUGCCAUAUAAGGAGGUCGCACACGUACAGCUUUCACACUUUACAUGGCAAGCUAAAGUCCACACCUGCAAAAUGCAGAAAUG